AAAAUAUGGACAUUAAAAAAUGAUGAUGACCAUCCCCCCCAUGAUUCUCCUCCCUCAGCAGCUUCAUCGUUAUUAAAGUGCCCUUCUGAAUCAAGAAUUGGGGCAUCGUCAUUUGUCAAUCACACGGUCGUGCAACACGACUAGUAUUGGUCAUGGCAUCUUCCUCUCCCAAGAAUCUGACAACCACCAACCAUUUGAGACAUGUGGAGUCCAUGGCCUCCUUGCCUUCUGGCGCCGGCAAGAUUUCCCAUUUGAACGCUGUCAUUUUGGGGGAGGCUCUUGCUUCCGAAGAGAACGACUUCGUUUUCCCAAGCGAUGACUUCUCUCGUCAGGCUCUCAUUCCUUCUCCGCACAAGUAUCUGGAGAUGUACAAAAGGUCAAUAGAGGACCCGGCUGGAUUUUGGUCAGGCAUUGCGUCAUCGGAGUUCUACUGGAAGCAAAAAUGGGGAGAUCAGGUCUGCUCUGAGAAUCUAGAUGUCAGGAAAGGGGAUAUCAAGAUCGAGUGGUUCAAAGGCGGAAUCACCAAUAUAUGCUACAACUGCUUAGAUAGAAACAUCGACGCUGGGCUUGCAGACAAAAUCGCCCUUUACUGGGAAUCCAAUGAACCUGGCUUUGAUGCCCAUCUCACUUAUUCCCAGCUACUGCACCGAGUUUGCCAGCUUGCUAACUACCUGAAAAGUAUUGGUGUUAGAAAGGGUGAUGCUGUUAUUGUUUAUUUGCCUAUGUUAAUGGAACUCCCGAUUACCAUGCUUGCCUGUGCCCGCAUAGGCGCAGUUCACUCGGUUGUCUUUGCUGGAUUUUCUUCAGAAUCUCUUGCCCAACGAAUAGUGGACUGCAAACCAAAAGUUGUGAUUACUUGUAAUGCUGUUAAAAGAGGUCCUAAGACCAUCCACCUCAAGGACAUUGUUGAUGCUGCCCUUGUUGAAUCUGCCAAGAAUGGGAUCUCCAUAGAUGUAUGCUUAACCUACGAAAACCAAUCAGCAUUGAAGAAGGAAAGCACUAAAUGGCAGGAAGGAAGAGAUGUAUGGUGGGAGGAUGUUGUCCCAAAAUAUCCAACCACUUGUGAUGUUGAGUGGGUUGAUGCUGAAGAUCCCCUUUUUCUACUGUAUACUAGCGGGAGCACUGGGAAGCCAAAGGGCGUACUCCACACAACCGGGGGAUAUAUGGUGUACACCGCGACAACAUUUAAAUAUGCAUUUGACUACAAAGAGUCUGAUGUUUACUGGUGCACUGCUGAUUGUGGCUGGAUUACAGGGCAUAGUUACGUAACCUAUGGACCUAUGCUUAAUGGAGCAACAGUUGUUGUAUACGAGGGAGCCCCAAAUUACCCUGAUUCUGGAAGAUGUUGGGACAUUGUUGACAAAUACAAGGUGACCAUAUUCUACACUGCCCCUACAUUGGUGCGCUCUCUCAUGCGUGAUGGUGAUGAGUAUGUUACACGCUACUCACGGAAGUCUCUGCGUGUUCUUGGAAGUGUUGGCGAGCCCAUUAAUCCAAGUGCUUGGAGGUGGUUCUUUAAUGUAGUUGGAGGGUCUAGGUGCCCUAUUUCUGACACUUGGUGGCAAACUGAAACAGGUGGCUUUAUGAUUACUCCUCUACCGGGUGCCUGGCCACAGAAACCUGGUUCUGCCACCUUUCCUUUCUUUGGAGUUCAGCCUGUCAUAGUGGAUGAGAAAGGAACUGAGAUUGAUGGUGAGUGUAGCGGUUAUUUGUGCGUGAAAGGCUCAUGGCCUGGUGCAUUUCGAACUCUUUACGGUGACCAUGAGAGAUAUGAGACAACAUACUUUAGACCAUUCCCUGGAUAUUAUUUUACUGGCGAUGGCUGCAGUAGGGACAAGGAUGGGUACCACUGGCUUACUGGAAGAGUUGACGAUGUUAUCAAUGUUAGUGGACAUCGUAUUGGCACAGCUGAGGUGGAAUCUGCUCUAGUUUCUCAUCCUCAAUGUGCAGAAGCUGCUGUGGUUGGUGUUGAGCAUGAGGUUAAAGGACAGGGCAUAUAUGCCUUUGUUACUCUUGUGGAAGGUGUUCCUUACAGUGAAGAACUUCGGAAGAGCCUUAUACUCACAGUGCGAAAUCAGAUAGGAGCAUUUGCAGCACCUGACAAGAUACACUGGGCACCUGGCCUCCCAAAAACGAGGAGUGGAAAGAUCAUGCGCAGGAUUCUGAGGAAAAUCGCAUCCAGACAGUUAGAUGAACUUGGAGACAUAAGCACGCUUGCAGAACCAGGUGUAGUUGAUCAGCUUAUUGCACUUGCGGAUAGCUGAAACAAUUACAAGUGUAGCAGAAGUGGGUCAGAGUUGAACACUGUUGUUUGUGCUUUCCUUCUACUUCUAGUUUGAUUGAUGAACUAUUAUUAUUCAUUUUGUUGUCAUUACUAAUGUAUUUCUCAUCCUAGGGUUCCUCUAUGUUUGUCUUUGGAGGUUGUUGUACUUUAAACCAUAGUGCGGGUUUAUAUAUCAUGUGAUGCGAUGCGAGCUAGGUGGUACUUGUAGACCAAUGUACAAUUCUACUCUGAAAACAAUAAUCACCAUCACAAUAAUAAUAAUAAUAAUUGUACUUCUUUUUCUUCC